CCCGCCCCGCCCCCGCGCCGGCGCGCUCCGACGUGCCCUGGAACUUACCCUCCCUCAGAGACCAGCCUGCGGGGACGCCCGGCGGUGGCGGCCCCCGAGUGAUCGCUCUUCAGGCGGUCUCUCCGUCGCUCGGCCCAGCGCCGACGGAGGAGGGAGCUGCCCGUCGCUAAGUCUCCGACCCUUGGUUUAAAUGAAACACCAGAUGUUUACAGCCUUCUAAGUGUUAUAUUAAUGCAGCAAGGCACAAGGCAUAAUGUGGCAUACCAUCAGUUUUGAGAGUGAGUUUUACUGAGUAAAAAUGGCUGAGAGAAGUGGGAAGAGUGCUGCAGGACAAGUGUAUAUUGAGGUGGAAUAUGAUUAUGAGUAUGAAGCCAAGGACAGGAAGAUUGUCAUCAGACAAGGGGAGCGGUACCUCUUAGUGAAGAAGACCAACGAUGACUGGUGGCAGGUCAGGCUGGACGAGAAUUCCAAAGCGUUUUAUGUGCCAGCGCAGUAUGUCAAGGAGGUCACCCGCAAAGCGCUGAUGCCACCUGUGAAGCAGGCAGCUGGAUUGCCAAAUAACUCUAUGAAGCCGAUACAGAGUCUGCAUCUCCAGAGAUCGACAGAAAAUGUGAACAAAAUGCCUGAGCUUUCAAGUUUUGGAAAGCCACCGUCAUCUGUUCAAGGAACAGGUCUUAUUCGUGAUGCCAAUCAGAAUUUUGGAUCCAAUUAUAAUUCAGGCCAGACUCUCAAUCUAAGCCUGGACCUGACCCAUAAUAACGGAAAAUUUAACAGUGACUCACAUUCUCCCAAAGUUUCCAGCCAGAAUAGGACACGCUUAUUUGGUCACUUUCCCGGGCCAGAGUUCUUGGACGUAGAGAAGACUAGCUUUUCUCAGGAGCAGUCUUGUGACUCAGCUGGAGAAGGCUCUGAAAGAACACACCAGGAUUCCGAGUCUGGAGACGAGCUUAGCAGCAGCUCUACUGAGCAGAUGAGGGCAACCACACCCCCUAAUCAAGGCAGGCCAGAUUCUCCAGUAUAUGCUAACCUGCAGGAACUGAAAAUAUCACAGUCUGCUCUCCCUCCACUUCCUGGGAGCCCAGCAAUUCAAGUUAAUGGAGAAUGGGAAACUCACAAAGACAGUUCAGGCCGUUGCUACUACUAUAAUCGUGCAACCCAGGAGCGAACCUGGAAACCACCCCGAUGGGCUCGGGAUCCUGGCACAAGCCGAGAUUUCCAGAGCCCAGGAGAGCAAGAGCCUUUUUCAUCAGAAGAAAACUACUACAGCAGUUGUUACAGCCAGUCAGAUAGUCAGUGUGGUUCUCCUCCAAGGGGUUGGUCAGAAGAGUUGGAUGAACGUGGGCAUACCUUAUAUACCAGUGACUAUACUAAGGAAAAGUGGCUCAAGCAUGUUGAUGAUCAAGGUAGACAGUAUUACUACAGUGCAGAUGGAUCUCGGUCAGAAUGGGAACUGCCAAAGUACAAUGCUUCAUCCCAGCAACAAAGAGAAAUAAUUAAAAGUAGGAGCUUGGACAGGCGGCUGCAAGAACCAAUAGUGUUAACAAAGUGGAGACAUAGCACCAUAGUGUUGGACACCAAUGACAAGGAUUCUCCAACUACCACAAAACUCUGCUUACCUGAAAAUGAAUCUUCUCCUACCUCAUCAAAGCAUCAAGAUCCAGGUCAGGAGAAAUAUGGAUUGUUAAAUGUAACAAAAAUUACUGAAAAUGGCAAAAAGGUUCGAAAGAACUGGCUGUCGUCUUGGGCAGUGUUGCAGGGUUCAUCUUUACUUUUUACCAAAACUCAAGGAAGUAGUACAAGCUGGUUUGGGAGUAAUCAGUCAAAACCAGAAUUCACAGUGGACCUGAAGGGGGCAACAAUUGAGAUGGCAUCCAAGGACAAAUCCAGCAAGAAGAAUGUAUUUGAGCUGAAAACUCGCCAAGGAACAGAACUGCUAAUUCAGUCUGAUAAUGAUGCUGUUAUUAAUGAUUGGUUUAAAGUUCUUAGUAGUACUAUCAGUAACCAGGCAGCAGCAGAGGCUGAUGAAGCAGUUGAAGAGGAGGCACCAGAUUCGCCGGGCGUAGAAAAGCAGGAUAAAGAAAAGGACCAGAAGGAGCUUAAAAAACUGCGCUCAAUGAAAGGAUCCAGCAUGGAUUCUUCAGAGCAGAAGAAAACUAAGAAAAACUUAAAGAAGUUUCUUACCCGACGCCCCACAUUGCAAGCUGUUCGUGAGAAAGGUUAUAUCAAAGAUCAGGUGUUUGGAUCUAAUCUUGCUAAUCUGUGUCAGAGAGAGAAUGGGACAGUGCCAAAAUUUGUGAAGUUAUGCAUUGAGCACGUCGAAGAACAUGGUUUAGAUGUUGAUGGUAUCUACAGAGUAAGUGGCAACCUUGCAGUCAUCCAGAAGCUGAGAUUUGCAGUCAAUCAUGAUGAGAAAUUGGAUCUGAGUGACAGUAAAUGGGAAGACAUUCAUGUCGUCACUGGAGCACUCAAAAUGUUUUUUCGAGAAUUACCAGAACCCCUUUUUACAUUCAAUCAUUUCAAUGAUUUUGUGAAUGCAAUUAAACAAGACCCAAGGCAGCGUGUCACUGCCGUUAAGGACCUAAUCAGACAGUUGCCAAAGCCAAAUCAGGAUACAAUGCAGAUUCUGUUUAGACACCUCAAAAGGGUUAUAGAAAAUGGAGAAAAAAACCGAAUGACCUAUCAGAGUAUAGCAAUUGUUUUUGGCCCCACUCUGCUAAAGCCAGAAAGAGAGACUGGUAAUAUAGCGGUUCAUACUGUGUAUCAAAACCAGAUUGUAGAGCUGAUUCUCCUGGAAUUAAGCACUGUCUUUGGACGCUGACUCAUGAGAAACAACUGUGGUAUAGAAGCUGGAUUCCAGAGAUUUCAAGUCUUAUCCAUGGUGUGUUUCAUUUUGGACCAAGCAGAGACUGAUUUUGCACUUUUCUGAGGGUCAGAGAGGAAGAGGAGAGUGGAGAUGCCAGCGGGGCCCUCAUUUGCUGCUUAGUUGCAAGCAAACAGCAAGCUAUGACUGUGUGUAAUUUUGGGUUCAUUUUAUCCUGGAUGCUUGCAUUUCAUACUCUGAAUAUCAAUGAAAAUCAAAACUCAGAAUUCUAACCAGUCAUAUACACUGGAUAAUUUGGUAAGGAAAACUGUGUGGGUCCCUGUGUUGUUGCCCUUGCUGUCCCCAAACUGGAUAAUGUAGAUUCCUUCUCAUGCUCUGUAAGCUCUUUACUUGGUACAAUGAUAGUCACUGUCAUUUUAAAAAACGCUCCUGGGCGUUGAAAACAAAUGAAGUUGAUCCAUUUGAGACCUGUGUACUGCCUUUUUCAGGGUUUCUGCGUGAGUGCUGAAGCUCAUAACCCAGGUAGAAUCCCUGGGUGAAGGUUUGCUGUCUGAUUUUGCUGUCUCACAGUAUCCUUGCUGGAACCUUAGUUGCUUGUUGGGACAGCACACUGACAGUACUUAAAACACUGUGAUAUACUGGAGUUCUGGUUAGUCUAAGUCAAAUCAGGGUAUUUGGUACCUGUCUUGCUGUUCUGAAUUAUAGCUAACAAUCCUGAUUAUAUUUAGUGCCAUAUUGAGUACUUGGUAUGACCCUGUGGAAACAGAUGUUGUUUGAUGUAAAUAUGGGCUAAGGACUUAAUAUAAUUUAGCUUAUGUAUAUACCUGUGUUGUCUAGGCUCAGAGUACAUCUAACCCAAUGUUUCUAAUCAUGACAUUGGUAACCGUUUCCAUGAAUAUUAGGCUUUCUCCAGAAAUAGGCCAUUAUUUGGGAAAGUUAAACCGUGCACUUUUAGGUUUUAAUUACAUUUACAGGCAGAUCACUGCAGUGAGAAUGGUACUGGGAAAUACUGACUGAGUAGACUUGCUAAAUAGUGAACACACUACAAGAGGAGCAUUUUAGGUUAUUUAAUAUGUACAGAAGACAUUAGGAAAAUCAUUAUAGAAUUCUAACCCCCACUUGAAUAGUGGAAACCUGUGUAAAUUAGAUGGAUGUUGGAUAGAAAAUGACACUGCGAAAUUUGAGUAUUUUCUUUUUACAUUACUAAUGUAGAUUGAUUUGUAUAAUAAAACAGGGUUUGGAAGGUUUUGUUACAGGGAGGCAUGGUCUGUUGAAGAUUUUUAAAUGUAUUUUUCUAGAUUAACUGCUGUAUAUGAAAUGUCUAAUCUAAUAAAGGAAACUAUAAUAUGCUUAGAGUUUUUUUUCCAUUGGAGAUGUGCAUUUUGGUUCUUAAUUUUUUGUUGUUGUUUUAUUUACUGACAUACUUUUAUACCUCAUUUCAGAAAAUCAACCAAAUCCAUAUUUCCUGUGGCAGAUCGACUUUCCCUACUCCUCUGUUUUCUGUUCUUUCUGUACCAACAGCUCCCUAACACCACACACUUCUUCAUCAGCGUUUGGAAGGAAAUGAUUUGUGACCAUGAUUCUUUUUAUAAUUUCCAGAUUGCCUUCCUGGGGAACAAUUUAUGUGUGUGUGUACGAUCUGUGCAGAACCUUUUUCCUAAGUCUUGUGGCUAAGAUACGUCUGUGCUGUAAUCUUCUUAAAUAUACAACAGGCUAAGCUGCUUGCCAGUGGACACAGAUUGCUUCGGGUGGGGAGAAGUUCCAGAUCAGCACGUGCAGAACUGCAGGUGCCGUUAAUAAUGCAUUGUGCUUUAGGGCUCUUGUGUCUUGACUAUGUACCAGGAAACCAGUUAGACUUAAGUCUGUGAUCUGUGGUGUUCUUUCUCUUGGUGGUCAUGAACAUGUCAAAGGGUUAAAAUUGUCCUGUGUUUCUUGUUUCAAAGUACAUGUGUGUAUGCAAAGUCCUUAAUGUUGUAUUGGUCUACCACUAAUAAUUGUAUUGUAAUAGUAGUGUAUGUACAAUGAGAUCAGUGUCUUGUGUUUUCAUCCUUUGUGAAUUAAAAAUUAUCAAUUGUUUUUGUAAUAACAAAACCAGUAAUAUUUUCCUGUCUUGACAACUCGAUUUUUUAGCAGAAAAUAUAUUAAAAGCUAAAAAUAAAUGUUA